UAGAAUUGUAUUAAUUGACGAUCAGUUUGCAUUGAGUGCUCGACGCGUUAAGGAGCACUGCGAUACAUUAAGCUGAACAUAUAUUGAAUAAAUACAAUUAAUAAGGAAGUAAAGUGUCCAAAUAAAUAAAAAAAGUUUGCAAGGAUUGCAGAGACCUUGUGACUCUCUUUAUAAAAUACAAAUAAAUAAAAUAAAAUCCCAAAGGCUUGCAACACAGACAUUAUGUCAAGCCACACUAACAAAGUGAUCUAUACGAUCUUUUGGUUGAUCCAACUGACCACGCUCUGUCUGAGUAAUGAGCCUGUUACCACCGCGAAGGUCAGCAGCGGUUUCGUGGACGACAGCUCACUUACUUUAGAACAGAAGAAAUUCUUUUGCAUGCGAAAUGUGACCUACUAUGAGGAGGAAACCGUACAGAAGACGCGUGAAGUAGAGAUUAAACCGUCCGGAGCUUUUAAAUGGUUUAAAAAGAGCAAAAUAGAGGUGCAGUCUUACACUGAUAAGGUAAAGGUGGCGCAUACGCGCUUAAAGAACGACUGCUGCGACGGCUAUGCGAUGUCUGCCGACACAACAUGCCUGCCAGUUUGUCAGCCCGCUUGUCCAGCUAACGCAUUUUGCCGUGCACCCAAUAAGUGCCAGUGCCGACGUGGUUACGACCCUGUCAAGUCGGCGCUGAAUGCCACACACCAUUGCGUACCGCGCUGUGCGUCCGGUUGCCCCUACGGUGGUAAGUGUGUAGCGAUCGAUUUAUGCGAGUGCGCACCUGGUUAUCGCGCCCAUGCAGGUAGCUGCAUACCCACUUGUGCUUCGGAUUGCCUGAAUGGACGUUGCAUAGCGUUGAACCAGUGUAGUUGCAAUGCGGGCUACGCCAAGGACUCGGCGUCCGGCGAAUGUGUGCCUUUGGACGACUGUGGCAAGGUAGAUUGCAUAGAAACAGCUAACAACACUGAGAGCAGCGUGAGCGGUGAAGCCACUACAAAUAGCGUAACAGCGCUGUAUAUGAAUGAGUCGGAUAUGACCGAAACAGAGGUGAUGGAUAGCAUUACCGACGAAAACGAAUAUGCCAGCACUGGUAAUCCAGCAGACAACAACUCAAGUAGUGAUGGUGAUGAUGAAGAUAUUGUACUCUUUCCCAGCAACGCGGAGGAGACGAAUUGUACACUUCAGCCCUGCAUCGGUGAUACUGUAUGCAAACUGGAUGGCAGUUGCGCAUGCGCUGACGGCUUCAUACGCCAUCAACCAGCACCAGUGAACGGUGUGGAGGUGGGCCCCAUUUGUAUGGCAGCCAUUGAACAGGAUGGGCUCACGAAUGCACGUGUCGCUGAUGGCGGUUGGACGGGCACCGUCUUUAUAAUUGUAGGCGUGGCCGUAAUGAUGUGCGCUUUGACUGUGUUGGUGGUAAAGUUGUGGCGCCACCAGCAUGGCUCAUUGAAUGUGGAAGGUGAGCGGGAAACGUUUUGGGAAAAGCGAGGCGUGUUGUAAAUAUGAUAAGAAUAGUACGAGCUCAGACAGCGGUCAUGUCGACAUGUGCUGAGUGAUGGAUGUGUAUUCAGGAGUUAUUUGUGUUUGUACGUGAGGACUGAGUUUUUUCUAAUUAUGUAAGCUUUAAUACUUUAAUUGUCUGCCAUAAUAUCUUUUAGUUGUUGUAAAAGUUCACUGUACAUAAAAUGCAUACAAAAUAAAUAUAUAAGUUAAAAAAAUGUUUUCGGGAAAUACA